AUGACUACAGCUCACGGCAGGGCAUCAUCACAGCUUACGGAUUCGCUCCGAGCUGAAGCGCAAGCCAAUCUCUGGAGAGGAGCGAUAGCCAAGGACUCCCCUUGCUCGACCUCUUCAUCAUCACUCACCGUCAAACCAGCAGCACCAUUUACACGCAACCUCAAGCGAAAACCAGCACCCAAGAUCCCCACGGAGCUCUUACAAGAUCCUUCACUUUCCAUCCCCACCACUGCGGCAUUAACAUCUGUUCUCGGGGAGAAGUCGCUGAAGGCUGGAAGCGAUGCGAAGAUGACACUGACCCCAAGCACGCCAGAGCCAGUCAAAUCGGCACAGCGACCCCAGCAGCAGUACAUCCUCAACAUUGAUGAGCCCGUCACAUUUGCAGAGAGCAACAGCGCCGCUGACAACGCUGUUCAGCAACUCCUUCGCUCUGCUAGCGUUUCCCCUGCUUCUGCCUCCACCGCCGCUGCAGCACGUACCCGCAAAGGGCCCCUUCGAUGGAUGCAGGACAAGGAAGAGCAUACACCAGCAGCAUCCACCUCAACAUUACCACCACGUCAAUCCGCACUCACCCGCAAAACCAGCAUAUCUGCUCAUCUCAAACUCCUACGACGUAACAAGAGCGAAAACCAACCAGCUUCCAUCACCAUCUCUCGUCCGACCAACUUUGUUCAUGUCGCCACAGGAACGGAUGAUUCUUGUGCCAGUGCAGGUGCGCAACAGGCGACAUCGCUUCGACGAGCAUCUACAACGUCGAGAGUCUCAGAUCAGCCUUUGUUGCGAUCGAGUAUGUCCUCGAACUACAAUACGAGUUCGUAUGUUAGUGGAGACACUUCGCCUUCAGCGACGGAGAAAGAUGCAGCGAAUGAGGAUAAGCCCUUGUGUGUAGCGAUGGAGAAGAAGCAUCCUCUUCGACCGCUCAAGUCCAUCCGUCGCCCUUCGAAGCCGACGCUAAAGCCGGACGAGCCGGCUGUAGACGUUCCAGCUGGACCCACAAGCCCCAAGGACAAACGCAAAGCGAUCUACGCUUCCCUUGGUUCAGUACCCGCUAUCCUAGAACCUAUCAAUGUCACUCAACCUUCAUCGAACCGAGGGGCAAAGCUGAGCCCUAUCGUAUCUCCGGUGGGUUCGCAAGCAGGAGAACACUUUGCAGCUGCUCUCGAUUACACCCUUGGUCGUACAAGAGGGUUGAGUUCGGAAGGAGGAGAAUUGUCACCAGAACCAGACCUCAGUAGAAGUCCUGGUUCAGGGUAUGAGUCUUCUGCAUGCACCAGUAACAGGUCGAGCUUCGGUUCGUUGCAUGAGUUCAAGAGCUUCUUGGAUUUUCCUGAUACGCCAAUGUCGAGGAGGAAUUCGGAGAAGGGAAGACAGGAGGAAGAUAUUUGGUCGGGUGUUGCUUUGACUUUUCCCGUAGCUGGAAGGUUUUGA